AUGGAAGCGCUGCAGACGUACGCGUCCAGCGACGACGACGACGACACGAACGACGACAAGGAACGGCAGCAAUCGCCAGAGCCGCAACCGAAGGACGUCUCGUCUUUCCGCCUCCCCGUCGUCAACUCAGCGCCUCACGUCACGCUCGUGGACAGUCAGGACCGGGCCAACCACCUCGCGUUGUUGACGGCCGGGACACAGACGCGAUUGGCUAUAAAUCUGCCAAUCGAAGCGACGCUCGCGCCCGAAGUUGGUGUGCAGCGCAAUGGGUGUACACAAAUGACCGCCACGGACGCUGUGCGUGCAGGAAGCGGCAAAGAGGUUGUCACGGGCGUCGUCGAACCAGCUGCGAUGGAGGACAUUAGCUUUGAAGCGCAGUACCACACGUUCAACCACAGCUUCUACGGGGCAACUGCGACCGCUCGGCGCCGCGUGAACGGAGCGCCUCCAGCUGCUCCAGCGCUGCCUGGCGAGACAAUUGCAGGCACAAUUGCGAGUCUCCACGACGACAAUGUGUUUACGAGGCCAAGUGGGGCAAAGCGAAAGCACAGAAGCAGUGCAAAGGCUCAAGCAGCGGCAGACGACGUUGGCGACGAAGAGACGAGCGGCAUUUGGGCUCCGUGCGAAGCAAAAGGCACGUUCUUGUCGGAUCUCGAGCAGGGCACAAUGUCGGAGCAGCAAAAGGCGCUGCUGAAGGAGCACGACGAGACAAAGCGCCGCAAGGCAGAAGCCAGGAACGAAGUGGACGAGGAAAUGGAUUUUGACCGCAUGGUCGAGAAAAAGACGUCGCACUUGCUCCCUGCGCGGUUGAAAGCCGGACAGACAGCGCUGGAAGGCAAGUCAAAGUUCUGUGGUGCCCAGGAGUACGACUACCAGGGACGGGCGUGGAUUGAGCCUCCGCGUGGUCUUCGACCGGAUGAUGGUGACCACGAGAUUUACGUACCCAAACGCUGUGUGCACAAGUGGACGGGACACACGAAAGGUGUCCAGGCUAUCGAGCUGUUUCCUCAGUACGGCCACUUGCUGUUGUCAGGCAGUAUGGACAACACCGUGCGCAUCUGGGACGUUUAUAACGAUCGCAAGUGCCAGCGUGUGUAUGAAGGUCACUCGGGUGCUGUGCGUGGCAUAAAUUUCAGCACUGAUGGCCGACAGUUCUUGAGCUGCAGCUUUGACCGGUAUAUCCAGUUGUGGGAUACCGAGACAGGGCAAGCUGUGCAUUCGUUCACGACCCGACGGGUGCCAUACUGCGUGAAGUUCUAUCCACCGGACAAUACGCAAUUUGUCGUGGGCGACUCGAACAACAUGGUGGUGCAGUUUGAUGCCCGGUCGGGCGAGAUCGUGCAGGAGUACAACCACCAUUUGCAGGCUGUCAACUCGGUGACGUUCGUGGACGACAACAAGCGUUUCGUUAGCACGUCCGACGACAAGAAGCUGUUGGUGUGGGAAUGGGGCAUUCCCGUGCCGAUCAAGUACAUUUCGGAGCCGGGCAUGCAUUCGAUGCCGGCCGUGACUCUCCACCCGAGCGGCGGUUUCUUUGCUGGCCAGUCGCUGAAUAAUCAGAUCGACGUCUACACUGCGCGAGACAAGUUCAAGAUCAAUCGCAAGAAAGUGUUCAAGGGGCACCAGAACGCUGGCUACGCGUGCCAGAUCGGAUUUGCGCCGAAUGGCCAAUACAUCAUGUCAGGCGACGGCGAAGGCAGGCUGGUGUUCUGGGACUGGAAGACAACGAAGGUGAUUAGGAAGCUGCAAGCUCACGACCGAGGGCCGACUAUGGGUGCCGUCUGGCAUCCUCUCGAGCCUAGCAAGGUCGUGUCGUGCGGCUGGGAUGGUUUGAUUAAAUACUGGGAUUAG